CGAAAGCCGGCUUCACAAUGGCUUCCUCAAUGGCAGAGCAAAAAGGACAGAGACAGAGACAAUUUCGUCACAGGUCCCGAAACGGAUGCCGAACUUGUCGAGCCAGACAUGUCAAAUGUGAUGAGACAUCGGGCGCAUGCAAUCAAUGCACCUCCACCGGACGCCACUGCGAAUACGAUGCUAGCCGGCUGCCACGCAGCUCCGGAGCAAUUGCAAGGGCCAUCUGGCCACAAUCCGUAGUACAGAUCGCCCCCAUUGCCCGACCGGAUACCAACACCGACGAACAACGAUGCUUUAGCAUUUUCUUCCAUCAAACGGCGCCAAGGAUGGCCGACUGGUUCAAUGUGGAAGUAUGGCAGCGGAUAGUCCUGCAGAUCAGCCUUGCGGAGCCGGCCGCCUACCACGCCGCCGUGGCUCUCAGUGCGCUUCACGAGGAUGUUGAGAUGCGCGGCCUUUGCCGCGCUGGCCAGCAUGGUAUGCAUGAUUCGCAUCAUCUCUUUGCAUUCACGCAAUAUGGCAAAGCGAUGGUCAUGCUCCGGCGACGCUUGGCGUCAAAUGAUCCUCACGUCCGGAUGGUAGCCUUGAUAUGCUGUAUCACCUUCAUCUGCGUCGAGCUGCUCCAUGGCAGCUACAAGAGCGCAAGCGUGCAUUUGCGGAGGGGAGUACAACUUGUAGAGCAGCGUGAUGGGUACUGGAGACAUCAUCCGAGACAAGAUUCACACCCCACCGCACAGCUCCGCUAUGGAUCAGCGACCGAGGCUGCCUUGGUCCAAGCCUUCAUGGUGCUCGAUGUUCAAAUAGCACAAUACGAACAACCAGAUCCCCUGACACUUGAGCAACCGACAGAUCAGGAUACGUCCCUGACUAGUUACAAGAGCCCUGGCAGCAACGCAUUUGAAAGCCUCUUAGAAGCUAGACAACGAAUCAACAUCAUCAUGAGCAAGGUGUCUCACUUCCGAGGGUCCUGCGAAGCUCUUUUCCACGAUAACACAAGUGAGCAGGCCGUGAUGCAGCGAGUUAAAGCACAGCAGGCCAUCAUGCUAGCUCAAUUGAGCGAGUUUGCAGCAUCUUUCGAAGACCUUGUGGCGCGUCGUGACCCUGGCUCAUUAAGUGAGGAGGAGAGCCGCAAUAUCGCCCUGUUGCGCCUACAACAUUUGUCAUUGGUAAAUCUGGUGGAUAAAAACCUGGAGGCACUGAAGGUCAGUCCCGAUCACGAUCUUUCAAAGUGAAGAGCAGAAUAACGGGCUCGCUGGUAUCUGUUAUGCCGAGCCUCAAAGCCGCUGUCAGAGACAGAAAUGAUUCUGAGCUGGUAGCUAACAGGUAGAUUGGACGAGUUCGGCAAAGAAAGGGGAGCAACCAUGAUCUAUAGAGUAGUCAG